GUCAAGUUUUAAUUAAAAAAAUAUUAAUAAUUUAAAAUUAUUAAUUAAUAAUUACUAUGUAUAAUAGUAUGUAUUAUGUACCUAUUUAAUAUAAAUUAUAUGUAAUGUAUGAUUGAGUCAUAAAGUCAUACAUUUGUGUCCAGUGUAGGUAGUUAAUGUAUAAUAUAAUCGUUACAGCACAACAAAAUCCACAUUCCAUGAUUCCACAAUACAAUAUAGAGUAUUCCUACAAGUCUUAUGUAUUAGAAAAAUAUAUUUUUACCGCGGUAGGCUUAUAGAUAUAAUAUAUCUCAUUAUCUAGUCAAUAUCACCAAAGUGCUGUCUGUUAAGGUUUUAAGUUUUACUGAUAAACUAUGAUCUAACGUCUAUACACUUUAAACAGAUAAUCGGAGAUAAUUUACUGAUAAAGGAAACGCCUCGCUAUCUGAAUGUGUAUGGACUUGACAUGCACUUACAAAAGUUAUCUUGCGUAGCAUUGAUUGUAUCAUCUUAUCAGGGUAAUUUAAAAUAAAUUUGUGUCAAUCAGUUCAACCUGUUUAGGUAAAGCACAAUACCAUUUUAUAUAGAAAUGAAAAGCAAUUAGUGACUACUAUAAUUGAAGUAAUCUUGGAAGUGAAGAGGGAGAAACUCUGGCAGCAGGAUGAUAAGAAGCAGAAUAUUCCACUUAAUACAUUGUUGUUUAUUUAUAUCUUUUAUUCUAUCCUUUUUGGUGUUUGCUGGUGUCAUUAAUUUUGAUGGCAAAGAGAAGCCAUAUUUAGAUCCAGUAGAAAGCUAUGGGUUGUAUGGAGCGAUAUUCCUGUAUGUGCUGCGCCUAUUACCAUUAUUGUCACUUCCACAAAUGUUAUUUAACUUUGGUGGUUUGGUUUUCUUUAAUGCUUUUCCAGGCAAAGUUAAAUUGAAAGGCUCCCCCUUACUAGCACCCUUUAUAUGCAUAAGAGUAGUCACAAGAGGAGAUUUUCCAAAGCUAGUUAGUAGGAAUAUUACAAGAAAUAUGAAUACAUGUCUUGAUGUCGGAAUAGACAAUUUUAUCAUAGAAGUUGUCACAGACAAAGCACUCAACCUUCCUAAACACACAAGAAUAAGAGAAGUUGUUGUUCCACCGGAGUACAAAACAAAAUCAGGUGCAUUGUUUAAGUCUAGAGCUCUACAAUACUGUUGGGAAGAGAAUGUUAACAUACUGUCAGACUCUGAUUGGGUAGUUCACUUGGAUGAAGAAACAUUACUCACCGAGAAUUCUGUGAGAGGAAUACUCAAUUUUGUAUUUGAUGGACAACAUCAGUUCGGACAGGGAUUAAUUACAUAUGCUAAUGAGGAUGUGGUCAACUGGGUUACAACCCUAGCUGACAGUUUCAGAGUGGCUGAUGACAUGGGCAAACUGAGAUUUCAGUUUUAUAUGUUUCACAAACCAUUGUUUAGUUGGAAAGGUUCAUAUGUGGUGACACAAGUCGCUGCCGAAAAGAAGGUUUCUUUUGACAAUGGUUUGGAUGGCUCUGUUGCUGAAGAUUGCUACUUUGGUAUCAAGGCAUAUAAAGAAGGCUAUUCAUUUAACUUCAUAGAAGGAGAAAUGUGGGAAAAAUCUCCAUUUACCCUAUGGGACUAUAUUCAACAGCGGAAACGGUGGAUCCAGGGUAUACUGCUAGUGGUCCACUCUAAGGAACUACCACUUUAUAACAAAAUAUUUUUAGCUAUUUCCUGCUACUCUUGGGUAUCUCUACCGUUCUCAACAAGCAACCUUGUAUUAGCUGGUUUAUGUCCUAUACCUUGUCCGUACUUCUUAGAUGUCAUUGUUGGUUUUAUAGGAGCUGUGAGUGUGUACAUGUAUAUUUACGGUGCCAUGAAAUCUUUUCCAUUGUACAGAUAUGGACCUUUAAAGUUUUGUAUCUUUAUUGGGUGUACAUUGGCCACCUUAUCUUUUAAUAUAUUUGUAGAAAAUGUUGCUGUAAUAUGGGGGAUAUUAGGUAAGAAACACAAAUUUUAUAUAGUUAAUAAAGAAGUUAAGGUGCCAAUUACUGUAUGAAUAUCAGUUAUUAGGUUCAUUAGUUCAUUAGUCCUUCCCACCAAAUACUUAAUUAUAAUUUGUUACAAUGUGAUAUAGUUUACGGUAUUAAUUUGCUAAUAAGUAUUAAACUUUGUAUGUUUUUAUGUUUUCAUGUUUUUUAUACUUAGGUUUUUGGUCAAUUAUAAAUCUCAAGUCUCAAAGUGUAAAAGAAAUAAUUUAUUUAAUUUGUGUAAUGCCUGAUAACUAUAUAAUAUGUAUAUAUUUUUGAAUUAAAUACAAUUUGUGUAAACUUACGUACAGUGGAAUGUAUGUAAAUUAAAUAUACUAUGAUAUGAUAA